GUCUACAAUAGCAGUCCCUGAGUUAGCAUGGUUGGAGACACGGUCCGUGUUUGGAGGAUAUUAUUCUUUAAGAACACUAACAGUGGUGCUGACCACCUCAGCGAGGCUAAUCACCACAGACUGCAAUGGCAGCAGCAGCAUCCACGAGACCACAUGAUGCGAUGGCCUGUACGAGUGAGGUGAUACCGGCGGAGAGACAGAACACAGAGUACAAUACUUUAAGUGUCGAGGCUGCCGCUGGUCCCACCGUUGCCACCCAGCGCAGUAGCGACAUGGUGUGUGGUGUGUGUUUUGAGGCGGUGCUUGAAAAGGACAAUCCGAGGGAGCGCCGAUUCGGAAUUCUGCCCAACUGUAGCCACUGUUAUUGCCUGGAGUGUAUCCGCACGUGGAGAACGGUGAAAUGUCACGAUAUCAAAACCGUUAAAUUGUGCCCGGAGUGCCGAACUAGAUCGCACUUCUUCAUCCCGAGUGAUCACUGGAUCGAAGAUGAAGAGGACAAGCUGAAACUGAUACAGACGUACAAAGAUUUCCUUGCGAGUAAACCGUGUCGAUUUUAUGAUCGAGGUCCUGGUACUUGCCACUUCGGCUCAAAGUGCUUCUACAAACACCACUGGCAGGAGGGAGUCCAGGAUGGAGUCCAGGAUGGAGUCCAGGAUGGAGUCCAGGAUGGAGUCCAGGCCCACAGUUUCCAGCCCCAGACUAUACAUCCCAUGUGGACGAUGGUGUGGACCGAGAACGGUUACACCUGGCGAAUGUCAUCUGAGACAGAACAACAGGACACCGGGUACCAUUUUUACCUGAAUCAAAUGUUGCUCAUGUUGAUGGCUGAUGACAAUUGA